AUGCCGCGCACGGAAAUCUGUGAAGAAACGCGCUUCCCCGUGCCUUCGAGGAAGAGCUGGAGUGAGCUGCACCUGCACGGGGUCAGCCCAGCCGUGCCAGCCAUCCACAUGGUGUCGCAGUCACGCACCCGUGGCGAGGUCAUCAGGGAGUCCGCGUCAGACACGGGUCAGGGAAGAAGCCGCCCCCGUCGCUCACUCCACGCCCCAGCCGCCCCUGCCGCGCCCGGCCGCCCCCGCCCCCACCUCGGCCGCCCCCGCCGCGGAUGCCCCUGCCGCGCCCGGCCACAACUGCGGACGCCCCCACCGUGGACGCCCCCGCCCUCGACCCCGGCCGCCCCUACCGCAUCCGGCCGCCCCCGCCGCGGACACCCCCGCCAACAACUUUGCACUGGGAUAUAUGAGAAAUCUGUGGGUUCCUCCUUCCAGCUUGUGUUUGCACCGAUUGAUGAGCAUUUUCCGGAUGAUGCUCCAUUGAUUUCCUCUAGCUUUCGUGUCAUACCACUUGAUAUGAAAACAGAUGGUGUAUCCUCUGGUAGGACACUAGAUUUGGCAUCUAGUCUUGAUGUGGGUUCUGCUGCACCCCAAGCCUCAGGGGAUGCAUCUCCAGAUGACUGUAAUUUGAGAUAUGUGCUGACAAUCGCCUUUCAAUUCCCUUAUGAGACGCACCUUCAGGACAGUGUUGCUACUAUGGCCCAUCAAUAUGUGUGUAGUGUUGUUUCUGCUGUGCAAAGGGUGUCAAUGGCUAUAUCUCCCUCCAAAUCUGGUCUAAAUGAUGGGCAAAGGAUGCUUUCCGGCUUCCCUGAAGCUGCCACACUUGCUAGAUGGGUUUGCCAGAGUUAUCACUACCAUCUAGGUGUGGAAACCCUCUUCGCUAGUGGAGGUAUCGACCAUCACUCGUCACUGUAACACGAUAGUGAUCGACGAUCGUGAGCUUCCAUGUUAUGUGUUCUGAUACUUGAGACUUUUAUUAUGACUAUGUAUGAGAUAUUGUCUCUUAUUAGUACUGGA